AUGAGGGCAUCCGGCACAAAGCGAGCUUUGCUCAUCGGCAGUCCGCUGCAUGGUCUGCGUGGAACCAAAAACGACCUCCAUGCGAUGACAACCAUUCUCAAAAGCCGCGGCUUUGAAACGGAAGGCUUUCAUGUCAAAAAGCUCUUCCAAAGUGAUGCCACUCGUCAGAAGAUUCUCGAUGCGUGGGAAGCUCUCAUUCAAGAUGCCUCACGGGACGACACUGUCGUAAUCUACUAUUCCGGCCAUGGAGUUUGCGUCGAAUCCGACGUAGCAACUGAAACGUCGAGAUCAUCGUCCAAAAUUCAAUUCAUUGUUCCGUUCGACUUCGACUGCAGCCUUGAGAAGUGGAACGGAAUAUCCGAUGGUGAACUCUCUUUAUUGCUCCAAAGAACAACGGCGAAGACGAGAAAUGUUACAUACAUUCUCGACUGCUGCCAUUCUGCACGUCUCGGUCGCAAAUUUGGCGAGGCACAAUUCGAGCCAAAAGCAUUUGGGUUAGACAAAUCUCUGUAUACAGACCUUGCCAGAAUUUUAGACAGGUUGAAACAAGAGGGCAGGCUUACGGAAGAUCGUCUGGACACCAACCCUUAUGCAGUACGUAUAGCUGCUGCAGCGACCGAUGAGACCGCUUGGGAAUAUCACAAAGAUGGCAAUAGUCACAUGGGUCUCUUGACAAGGAGCCUUGCAAGGGCUAUCUUGAAGUUCAACGACACUAGAUCUUGGAGAGAUAUCAUGCUCGAAGUGGGUGUGCUGGUUGAACAAGACUACCCGGGAGGCAAUCAGCACCCUCGAUCGGCAGGACCUGAUAAUCGAAGACCUUUUACACUUGAGACGACGGCUACUGGAGCGCUUCUCGCGACUAUAUGGAACGACGAAUACACAACAAUCCGCGGAGGGCGAGUCAACGGCGUUCAGAAGGGCGACACUUUCGCAAUCACACCUUUCGGGCUCCAAAGUCAAUCUGGACUCCAAACAAUAACAGGGAGUGUUUCAAAUGUCAACGCAUUUGCCGCUAUCCUUAGCCCAACUCCAAAAACUUCGGAUUUUGGGUCUGCGAGGGAGUAUGUGAUGGGCCAUGCAGUUCUGGAAAGAAAACAGAAGCGAUGGCCAAUUCGACUUUCAGAAGAUAUUCAAAGUGUACAACUGGCCGCCGAGCGCCUAAGCAAUGAAUCCAGCUCGGGGGACGCGUUCGGGAGACUCUUCCAUCACGCAAGAGAAUACGUUCAAGCCCAGAAUAUUUUGUCCCUCCGGUCAGGCGUUGAUGAUGAAGCUUUCGGCGACAAUGUGGAGAUAGAAGUGGGGCUAGAAAUUGGCGGCGAGAAAAGUCUCCUUGCACGUCGAAGUGAAUCGUUUCCAGCAGCGAUGAUCGACAUAGCGUCUUUGAUACUCAGAGAGAACGACCGAUUGUAUAUCUCCAUCAAGAAUACGAGCCCAAAUAAGGUCUUCCUGAACGCUCUCAGCGUAGACGCCGCUGGGAAGACUACAUUGAUAACGAAGGCAUGGGAAAGGGGGAUUGGUCUGACACCAUCACGCUCUCAUACUCUUGCUGUCAAGACGUUUCCCCUGAGGGGGAUACCGAUGCGGUGGCCAAAGUCGAUCCCGAGGAAUGGGCAUGUCGAGGAAAGCCUCGUUUUUGUCAUCACGAACGAGGAAGUUGACCUGAGGGAUCUUGACGCAUCUUUAAAGGGCUAUAUUCGUCGUGGAGCUGACGAUGCAGCAGCAAAGGAUAGCGGCGUCGUUCCAUAUGAUGUGGAACAUGUGCGAUAUCAUCUUCGACCGUCUUCAUCGUCUUAA